GUUCCGGUAUCAGGGCAGGAUCGUGCGCAUAGUCUGCAUUCGGGCGCAGCUCCUCGCCUCUCUCCCCCUGUCGCCCGUGGCAGGCACACACACACACACACACACACACCUCCAACCAAGAAGACCCCCCGUCUACAGAUCAUGGAUUUUACAACCUGAUGAUCCUCCUUUCAGUCGCCUGAUCGCGGGGAAUAACAGCAGCAGUCGGCGGUUACCGACAGGACGAGCUGGUGUAUCGCCACACUGCAGUGCAGCAGCGGCGAGCGACCUUAUUCCAAUCACGCCACAGGAGGAAGAGCGCCGGUGAUUUCCGUGGAUUUUGAGUUUCGUGGGCUGCUCUGUGGCGAGUCACCGCCGCCGCGUCCGCCGGAGGAUAAGCUAACUGGCUAGCUCCGCCUCGGAAGAAACACAGAAUUAGCUAGCUACAUGGGCUAAUAUCGGCCAAGCAGUUAGCUAGCGCAACACAUUAAUUCGUGUUUCUCCUCUGCCAUGUGACCACUCUACACAGCGCUGCUUUUAUUUUUUUUCCGGAUACCCUAAACUUGGAUAUCAAACUGGGAACAUUUCCACUUGUUUUGUGUGACUUGGGAAGGUCGAGACCUCGCCGGGAAUAACUUUGGCCUGAAAGUUUGUGGAGCCCAGAUCUGAAAGGAAACAUCUCAGCCGCUAAAAAAAAGACAAAUAUAGACGCCGAGACUGCGUUUAUGAAACCGACGUUGGAUUUACGGUUGCUGUAGACUUCGGCGACAGCCCCAGCUUCCUCGGACGUUAGUUAGCAACCUUACUUAGCACGUUAGCAGCCUAAUUGAACCUUGUCUUGUGCAGUGCAACCGUUGCCCAACUUUUCUUCAAGCUAGCCCAAGUAGCUAGCUGCCGAGAACGUCACAGCAUCAGGUUGUUAGCUCGCUAGCCACCGUCGACGCUGUCAAAUGCUAAGUGGAAACUGAAUGUUUUCACACCGGGGCCGAAGCUGAAAAGAAGACAUUUGCUCUCCCCUUUUUUAUCGUUUUGUGCUUGUUGACAAACAUGGGACGUGCGGUUGCUGCUAGCUAGUUUCUAGCUAGUUGGCUAACUCGGCUAGCCGCUGAUGUGGGAUCCAACUUGUUGAUUCACGGGUGAUUUGUCGUGCUGCUAGCUGGCUAGCACUGGACAUCUGUUGGGAUUUUACCUCCACCACCAGCUACCCACGUUUUAAAUGCACAAUAGACACUGAAGAAUCGUUCUUGUGUCACUGUUCCUUUCCCCCUUUUUUGGCAACCCCCAAGUCUUUCAAAAAUGUCAACAAGGGCCCCACUGGUGCAAGUGAUUGAAAAUUCAACCGCGCAGGAGACCAAGCCGUCAUCUGGCCGCACCAGCAUGCCGCGAUGUCGGAACUCCGUCGCCACAACCACAUCAGAAGAAACGCCGCACAUCGGUAACUAUCGGUUGCUGAAAACCAUUGGCAAAGGCAACUUUGCCAAGGUCAAGCUGGCGCGACACGUCCUCACCGGAAAAGAGGUGGCUGUAAAGAUCAUUGAUAAGACACAGCUCAACUCCUCCAGUUUGCAGAAGCUCUUCCGGGAGGUGAGGAUCAUGAAGAUGUUGAAUCACCCCAACAUAGUCAAGCUCUUUGAGGUCAUCGAGACAGAGAAGACACUGUACCUGGUAAUGGAGUAUGCUAGUGGAGGAGAGGUCUUUGAUUACUUGGUGGCCCACGGCAGGAUGAAGGAGAAAGAAGCCCGUGCCAAAUUCAGACAGAUUGUGUCAGCAGUGCAGUAUUGCCAUCAGAAGUGUAUAGUACACAGAGACCUCAAGGCGGAGAACCUGCUGCUGGACGCAGACAUGAACAUCAAGAUAGCGGACUUUGGCUUCAGUAAUGAGUUUACUCUGGGGAACAAGUUGGACACAUUCUGCGGCUCCCCGCCCUACGCUGCCCCGGAGCUCUUCCAGGGCAAGAAGUAUGACGGGCCAGAGGUGGACGUCUGGAGCCUGGGGGUCAUCCUCUACACACUGGUCAGCGGAUCGCUGCCCUUUGAUGGACAGAACCUCAAGGAAUUGAGAGAGCGUGUCCUGCGGGGCAAAUACAGGAUUCCCUUCUACAUGUCGACUGACUGCGAAAACUUACUUAAGAAGUUCCUCAUCCUCAACCCCUCGAAACGAGGCAGCCUCGAGCAGAUAAUGAGGGACCGAUGGAUGAAUGUGGGCCACGAGGAGGAAGAACUCAAACCCUACAUUGAGCCCCAGCCAGAUUAUAAGGACCCCAGGAGGACAGGUAGGCACAGAGACACACAGAAAAAAGGUAAAUGCAUUCCUUUAUACAUAUGUUCAUUUUUUCACUCACACGCAACGGUCAUGUGUCCUUCGGAGAACAGUGGAGUAAUUAUGAUCUGCUUUUUCUGUGUGCGUGUAGAAAUCAUGCUGCAAAUGGGAUUCUCUCAGGAGGAGAUCCAGGACUCGCUGGUGAACCAGAAGUAUAAUGAUGUAAUGGCUACAUACCUGCUACUGGAUUAUAGGAACUCUGAGCUGGAUGAGGUUGGAAUCAAGCCUCGACCAGGAAGUGAUGUACAACGCAGUGUGUCAUCCAACCAGAAGCCUCAGAACCGCAGAACCACUGACCAGGGCUCCUCGUACUCUAAGAGGGGGGGUCAAGCAGACAACCGGACUGCAGCUGAUGAUUCUGGGAGGAAGGGUUCGUCGGGCAGCUCCACUACCAAGGUGCCGGCCAGCCCUCUCGUCUCCACUGACCGCAAGAAGAGCGCCACGCCCUCCACCAAUAGCAUCCUGUCCACCGGUACCAGUCGCAGUCGAAACUCUCCUCUGACAGAGCGAGCCACGCUGAGCCAGGGCAUCCAGAACGGCAAGGACAGCCUAAACACUCCGGGCUCCCGCGCCUCCACUGCCUCAGCCGCUGCCGUCCUAUCCUCCUCCUCCUCCUCCUCGCGUCCCCGCCACGGCAAGUCCUUGUCCUCCUCCAAUCAUCCAUGCCCCUCUGACCUGCAUGCACCACGGCCCAGUGCUCCACCGCAGCGGGCGCCCGGUGCCUCCCCGUCUGCCCACAACAUCAGCAGCGCUGCUGUGUCGGACCGCACCAACUUCUCCAGGGGGGUGGGCAUCCGCAGCACGUUCCACGCUGGCCAGCAGCGGGGUGCCCGGGACCAGCAGGGCUCCGCCUACCCAGGCGGGCCCGCAUCCCCGUCGCUGUCACACGGCAACAGCCAGGCACGAAGGGCACAUGGUGCCACUGGGAUUUUCAGCAAGUUCACAUCCAAGUUUGUACGCAGAAAUCUCUCGUUCAGGUUUCCGAGAAGUCCGUAUGAGGGAGAGGGUCGGGAUGAGGGGAGCAGGUCCAUGCUGAGCAGCACGGUGGACAAGUCGGAAAAGACGUCCGGUGGCGUUCUCUCCACCUCUACCAACAACGAUGAGAACAACUCCUCGCCAGGAUCUGGUAACACCGGUGGCACCGGCACCCCUCCGGCCAUUGGCAUCCAGAAGGACCCGGCCAAGCCCCGCUCGUUGCGCUUCACCUGGUCCAUGAAAACCACGUCAUCCAUGGAGCCCAUGGAGAUGAUGCGUGAGAUCCGCAAGGUGCUGGACUCCAACAGCUGCGAGUACGAGCUGCGCGAGCGCUACAUGCUGCUGUGCGUCUCGGGCAACCCGGCACGCGACGACUUCGUCCAGUGGGAGAUGGAGGUGUGCAAGCUGCCGCGGCUCUCCCUCAACGGCGUGCGCUUCAAGCGGAUCUCGGGCACGUCCAUCGCCUUCAAGAACAUUGCCUCAAAGAUCGCCAACGAGCUCAAACUGUGAGCGCGGCGGAGCAGCGAGGGGAGAUUAAAGGGUGGAGGUGGGAGGGUGGGGGAUGGCGAGGAUGAAGGUGGUGCUGUAGGUGCGUUAGGGAGCGCUGCGGAAGUCAGGGCGUAAGCUAAAGGGUGGGAUCACUUUAAAAACAACACGAUUGUCAUGGAGACAGGUCUGACGUAGGGCUAUUGGUUCUCUGAGACUAGAAAAACAUUUCUUUUCUAGAAGUUUUGUUCCUUGCGUUCUCGAGGCCCUGCGAUCAGGAACUCUGAGCUGAUUUCCUCUGAGUCGUGAAGUACUUACAGACCGAGGUCUUCUCUCUCCCUGCUGUUUUUCUUUUGUUUUUUUUGUUAAGUUUUGGUCACGUUCUACUUAGACGUUCCACUCUUCUUCUGCAUGUUCGAUCUGCUCUCUGUUUUUUUUAAGGAGUCACACUUUGACCGCUCCUGUCACUUCUUCCUGCUAUUUAUUCCGUUUCUCUGCACGGUUCUGCUGGGUGGGCGAGGGGGGGCGGGGACGGGUUGGUUGGAGGACAGACGGAGACGAGCGGAGGAACGCUGAGGGAAAUCUACUCUCUCUCUGGAUCUCGGAGUGAUCGACGGGACGUUUGGAGCCUUAUUAUGCUGGAAAACUCAAAAAGGAGUUUCUGAUUGAAUUCGUGGUGAUGUCGUCCAAAACCGAACAGACUCCAAUCGAGCCAGGGCUGAAGCGCACACACACACACACACACACACACACACACACCUACAGUUGGAUAUUGGAUGGACAAACUCUGCUGUUGUCGGCUAACGGACGCUCUCCACCCUCCACCUUCUCCCUUCACACACACACACACUCACUCACACCUCUUCACCUUCACUCUCUCCCUCUGACUAAAACCGAACUCGGCACAAACACAUCCAUCUUUUCACCUCAUCACUUCCUGUCUCUUCCUCAUUUCCUUAUUUGCUUUGUUUAUUUCUCCGCCACCAUCGAGUCCGAGGAGGCCAGUUCGACUUAUUUGUCACCAUCUAUAGCGCGGGGCUGCGACUUUUUACGCCCCGUACCUUUUUUUUAUUUUAAAUUUAUGGCUUUUUAAAAAGAGUUGUGCACUGGAAAAGGGGGCGUAUCGGCACCUGGGGAGGGAAGGACACUUCGUUGGGGGGUUCAUUGAUGGAUUUUACGUUGCCUUUCUUUGAAGAAUUAAAAGUUGGGGUUUUGUUUUCGUUGCAUACGUCAGCACAUAAACGUUGGAAUGAUGAUGAAACUGUGUUAUUCUUCUUUCUUUUUUUUUUCUAUGUUGGUAUCACAUUGGUUGGCAUCACGCCUUCAUAUCCAGAAUGUCAACCCUGAGCCAACACAUUUCUUGUCCCUCCCCCCUUUUCUUUUUGUUUUCCUCCCCACCCCGACAUCACCCUCCUCAGCUACACAUAUUCCCAAAGAGCAAACACACAAACAAAAAGGCGUCAUCGGAGUAUGUAACAAAGCAGAACGCGUGUGUGUGUGAGUUUAAUUAUCACUGGAAAGAAAGAAGAAGAAAAAAAAACUAAAAGAAACUACAACAAAUGGUGAAUUAUUUUUUUUCUUCAACUUUUAAUUUGAUAAUAUAUUUUUGUGUCGUUUAAAUUUUUGGGGUUUGUACAGAUUAAGAUUUCUUUGGGGGGAGGGUGGGGGGGUGGACUGGUUGUGUCAGAUCAUAUCAUUGCUGCCUUUUCGGUGUAAUGCACCUUUAACACACAGACACACACACACACAGCUCGUAAUGUAUGGGAAUAAACACAAAGCGCAGGAGUUAUCGAUGUAUUUAACGGCGGCGACGAUGAUGAAGGUGGUGACGACUACUGCUCGCUCAUUUUUUUUUUUCUUCAUUUCGGCCAUUUUUUACAAUUUUAUUUACUUUGUCAGUUAUCUUUUUUUAUAGCGUUGUCGAUCCUGUAAAGCAGGAACGAUGUUUCUCACAUUGAAGCACACAUUCGCUCAACAACAACCCACACAAACCAAUAGAAGUCACUUCUUCCACAAUAGUUUGUCGAAGCAGAACAAAACACACACACACGUGAGCGGGGGUUCGAGAAGGGGGACAAGGCUGAGUCCCGUCAGCUGGUCGCACCUAACUUAACACUUUUCUUUCUUUCUUUCUAUCACAAUGACACACUGUCGUUUAUUUUUUUGUUUUUCUUUCAGUUUUUAAUACGUCAAAUUUUUCUUUUUAAAAAGUUGAUCAUUGUAUUAAGGUGCUGGGUAUUGGAUUCUAAUUAUUAUUCUGGCUGUUGCUGUUAUAUUAUCUCUUUCAGGGUUGAUUUUAUUUUACCUUUUUUUUUUUUGUUUCGUUUUACAUUGCUGUAAUUUACAUUGAUUUUAAAUGUGUUUUUUGAGCAAACUGUAACUGUAGUGGUGGGUUUUCGGGGGCUGGGAGGGGUGAUCAACUCCUGAAAAAUGUAUUAUUUGUUUGUUUGUUUUUUUUGUGCAAAGACAAAAUGAUGAAAAAUUACAAUGAUAGUAAUAAAAACAAUGAUAUAAUAAUA